CUCAGAUGGGCCCUUAACCGGCCAGCCAAGGAAGAAAAAGGCCGGAGGAGAAGGAGAGGGCGCAGCGGAGGAGCAUGGCGAGGCGGCAGGGGAGGAGCAGGCCGGAGCCGCGGUGGUCGCUGGCCGAGCCGCCGCCGGGCCUCUUCCCCGCCGGCGCGCAGGACCUCCUCCGCCUGCUCGCCGUGCUCGCCAUCGCGGCCGCCGUCGCCGCCGCCUGCAGCGUCCUCAACCGCCGCCCCGCCCCCUUCUGCGACUCCGACGACCCCUACGAUUCGUGCGAGCCCUGCCCGGAGAACGGCCGGUGCGUCGACGGCGAGCUGCGGUGCGUCGAGGGGUUCAAGAAGCGCGGCAGGGUGUGCGUGGAGGACGGCCUGCUCACCCACACCGCCAACAAGAUCUCAGAGUUGCUCCAGCACAGGAUCUGCGACGAGCAUGCCCACGCUUUAUGCGGCCAAGGCGGCAAGAUCUUGUUCCAACAACAUGACAUCUCAAGUAUGGCUGACGAGCUGUUAUCCAAGGAUGCUGCCCGCCUAAGCGACGAUGGAAUCAAGGUCGUAAAAGAGAGGGUGCUGCAGAGCGCACAUGGCUUCUUGGAGACAACGUCGACUUAUGACAAAGUCCAAGCGUUUAAAUGUCCAGAGCUGGCCGCGGAGCUUCAUAGGCCCCUGUCUUGUCAAGCUCGUCAAUGGGUCUCUAGCAAUAUCGUCUUCGUGAUGACCUUCUGUGUCCUGUCUGCAGGACUGCUCAAGAUUCUAUGGAGCAUUUACCAGAGACGGGCAUUGUCAAAGAGAGCCGAGCAAAUAUAUGAGCAGGUAUGUGAGAUCCUUGAAGAUAAUGCCGUAAGUGCAAAGGCUGGCAACUCUGAAUGCGAGCCUUGGGUGGUCACCUCCUGGUUGCGUGACCAUCUACUGUCUACCCGAGAGAGACGGAACACUUUGUUGUGGAAGAAGGUGGAAGAAUUGCUACUGGAAGAUUCUCGCAUAGACCAGUAUCCAAAAGUAAUCAAGGGAGAGGCUAAGGUUGUCUUAGAGUGGCAAGCUAGCGGGUCGCUGAGUGGGAAGAUUAAGAAGUUGCAAGGUGCAGCAGGGAAGACAAGGAGCGGCAGCGUCGGCGCCAUCAAACUUGCUGAAGAAAUAUGUGGCAGCAGCAUCAGCAGCAGCAGAGACAAGGAGCUUUGUUCUUCAACUAGCAAAGAAGCAACUAAUCCUUUCAUGUAAUCAAUCAACCAAUCAAUCCAAUCACGGUGAAUAUAUCUUUGAUGAGUGUGUGUAGAUGACACGAUGAUCACGUAGGGAUCUUCUUUAUGUCAGCAUUAUUAGUUAGCAAUGUCGUCGAUGAAUGUCGGGUGGUUUCUUUUGCCUCUGCCCUCUGAAGAACAAAACAGAACAGAUGUUGUAGUAAGAUGAUGUACAUGUAUGAAUGAAUGUAUCAUCAUUCAUUGGAA